UGACCGACUAGCGGUUUUCUCUCACGGAAAUGGGUCAUCAGGUUGCAUUACAUCAUUGUCACCUUUGACCCGCGGAUGUGCUUGUCCGCCAUUUUGAUUGGGCAAGCUGAUGGCGCUAUUUUUGUUUUCAUUCGGAGGAGAAAACUUUUUCAUCUCUGCAUAAUUCGACACCGUAAGAACUAGACACCAACACCGCCUGAUAGACAUGGAGGAGCAAAGCUCUGUCGUCGUGCAUCUACUGGACAAAAAUGCCCCUGUCAUGAUUUUGGCCGUGUCUGGUAAAGGUCCAGGGAACGAGAACGACUGCAGAGAGGACCAGAUAACAGACGUAACAUGGCAGCAGGACAAGGAUAGGCAGAGUCUAUGUGAUUCACCACAGCUUAGUAGGAAACAUACAGCUAGAAAAGUCUACUGUUGCACUUGGUGCAACUAUUCCACGACAAAGAAAAAAUUGAUAAAGGUUCAUGUUCAAAAACAUGACAAGGACAAGCCCUACAUCAGGACAGACAGCAGAGAGGACCAGACAACAGUCACGGGAAGGCAGCUGGACCAAGAAAGGGAGAGUCCGUGUGAGGAAACCCACAGUGAAGGGUCAGCCCAGCAUUAUCAUGUUUGUGAGGAAUGUGGGUACAGGACAAGCUGGCUCGCAAUCCUUUCUGUACACAGAAGAAAACAUACAGGAGAAAACUCUUGUAGUCGUGAAAUGUCUGCAGAACUUGACAAUAACGAGACCAGUAGCAGAACAGAAACAGAAUGGCAGCAGGACGAGAACGAGAGGUCCAGGGAUGAAACAUGCUCGGUGAACUCUGUCCAUCCUGGAGACAAGUCUCUCUUACAUGCUAGGCAUCGAGACAAGAAUGAUUCGCCACGGCCUAGUAAGAAACGUACAGCUAGAAAAUUGUACUGUUGCAAUCAUUGCAGCUACUCCACGAGAAAUAAGAAAUUGAUUAAGGUACAUGUAAAAGUACAUAACAAAGAUAAGCCAUACAUCAGGCCUAGGACAGACAGCAGAGAGGACCAGACGACAGACACAGGAAGGCAGAAGGACAAUGAAAAGAAAAGUCCAUGUGAAGAAACAAACAGUUUAGGCUCUACCCAGUAUGGUAUAAACAGGACAGAGAGCAGAGAAGACCAAACAGCAGACACAGGAAGGCAGCAGCAGGACAAGGAAAGGGAGAGUCCAUGUGAGGAAACCUACAUUGUAGGCCCUACCCAGUUUGAGAAAAGGACAGACAGCAGAGAAGACCACACAACAGACACAGGAAAGCAGCAGGACAUAGACUCUAACAGUAAAGGUGCUACCAAAUGUGAACAUGUGUGUAGGGAGUGUGGAUACAGAACAAGUCGACUGGCAAACCUUACAGAACACAUGAAAAAGCAUGCAGGGGAAAACCCUUACAGUCGUGAAAUGUCAGAAAAAAUUGACGAUAACCAGGCCAGCAGUGGGGAGGACCAGAUGUCAGACGUAGAAUGGCAGCCCGAAGACGAUGGCAGCUCAAGCGAUGAACCAUGCUUCGUCAACUCUGUCCAACCUGCAGACAAAUCUUUCCUACAUGCGUAUGAAAGGCAUCUAGACGAGAAUGAUUCACCACGAAACAAUACAGCCAAAAAUGUUCACUGUUGCACUCGGUGCAGCUAUUCAACGAGGAAUAAAAACUAUUUGAAGCUACACAUGCAAAAACAUGCCAAAGACAAGCCUUACAAAUGUAACAAGUGUGGAUUCAAAACUGCCCAUAGAAGAAGACUGUCUAUGCAUAUGAGGGACAAACAUUCAGAUAAAAGGCCUCACAAAUGUGACCAGUGUGACUAUUCCGCAUCGAGGAAAAACACGCUUGACCAACACAUGCUCACGCACACCGGUGAGAAACCCCACAUGGGUGAAGUAUGCGGGUACGUAACGGCACAUAAGUCGCGGCUGGUAGUGCAUAAGAGAGGGCACACCGGUGAGAAACCCUACAAAUGUGACCAGUGUGACUUUGCCGCGGUGACAAAAACUCGUUUAGAUGACCACAUGGUUAGACACACUGGCAAGAAAUACCUCAAGUGUAAACAGUGUUCAUACAAGACUGCCCGUAGGCCUCAGUUGUUGGUGCAUAUGAGGACACACACAGGCGAAAAACCCUUCAAGUGUGACUGGUGCGACUAUUCUGCUGCGCUGAAAAUGACUCUUGAUAGGCACGUCGUGGCUAAACAUACCAGCGUUAAACCCUUCCAGUGUGACAUGUGCGACUAUGCUGCAGUACAGCGAUUCACAUUAGUGCAACACAAGGCGAGGGAACACACUCUCACACAGACUGGUGAUCAGAGACCCUACAAAUGUGAUCAGUGUGACUUUUGUACUACGGAAAAGAGGUACUUAGACCGACACGUUCUGAAGCACAGUAGUGAAAAACCCUUCAUGUGUGAUGAGUGCGGAUACAUGACGCGUUACAAAUACCAACUCACAGUUCACAAGAGAAAACACUCAGGAGAGAGACGCUACAAGUGUCACCUGUGCGACUAUGCUGGUGCUCGGAAAUGUAAUUUAGAUCAACACAUGGUUAAACACUCUGGUGAGAAACCCUUUGUGUGUGGGGAGUGCGGGUACAGAACAGCUGAUAAGUAUUACCUCAAGAAACAUGAGGCUAAUAAACACAAUGUACAUAACAAGAUUGACUUACACAAGACAAAGAAAAGUGACUCGCAGUUACACAAGGUUGAGACAAACAAGAGCGACUUGCAAAAGACCAAAAAGGGCAACACACGGGGCUUCCCUACAGCACAGGAAACAAUAGAAGCUUGCCAGGUUAUUGUACAACCUGAUUAAUCUCCGAGCAGAUCCUAUGGUAGCAUAAGAUAGUAUCAAAAGCUGGCAGAGGAGUGAAGCCGGUUUACGAGUGUGUUUCGUUACCGGGCAAAUGGCAAAUGGACACCUCUUGGCUGACUACACUCCUUGGCCAGUAUGGUCCUAUCUUAUGCCAUUGUAGGAUCUGCUUGGAGAUUACAACCGGAUGAGAGCAUGUCAGCGUGCAUGAGAAAUGCUGACCCCGGCAUCUGGCAGACCAUCAGGACAAAUUUGUGGCCCCAGAGCCCAGCCGGGGCUUAUUUAAAUUUCCCUCGCAAAGCUCAGUCGUACAGUAGACACAUACUGGGACACUUUUCUAUUCUGAUUUUAAUGUGUGACUGAAGGACACACAUGUGAAACCUAAUGGAAAACAU